AGUCGACGCGGGGAAGGGAGGGCGGAGACAGUUGUUUAUAUUCGUGUGGCUGUAAUUCGUCAACUCGUCUAGUGAGCUUGGAGCAAGAUUCACUAUUUCAACCUAGUUGGACGACUAGGUAACAACAUCUAUAUAAAUAGCGGAAAAUAAUGGAUUUUUGAAUAGAUAUAGGAUUUGAUUUGUCCAAUAAGUCCAUGGAUCAGGGAAAGGAGUGUACAACAUAUUUGAAUAGAAUCUCCUUAUUUAUGUGAUUUUAAAAGGAGGCGAAAAAUAAGAAGGUAGCCUAGAUUAUGAAAUAAGAACGUUAUUUCACAAAGGAAGCAAAAGCUACAGAAACACGGCGGCAACAUAAGAUAGGAUAAAGCGACAACAGGCGCAGCAGAGUGGUGAUCUGGCCAGUGCGCGAUGUUUGGAAUGAUAAAGAAUACAAUUUUCGGGAACACCGAAGAAACGGACUACAAAUUGCUCAGCAGCGAGACCAAGGAGGGGGUCAGCUACGAAGUGCGGAGGUACGAUGGUGCAAAGUAUGCCUCAGUGAGCUCAGAGGGGCGGACCUUUGACCAGGUGACGGGGGAGCUAGUGAGGAAGCUGCUCGUGUACAUUGGGGGUAGCAACGACCAAGGGGAGGCAAUGGGGACGACAGCACCGGUUAUCAUCACAGUGUAUCCCAGGGACGAUGGUGUGAUCUCACGCCGUUUGGUGGUUAGCCUCAGGAUUCCCACCAACUACCAAGUCAGUCCCCCUGUGCCCACCGACAGUGCCAUCAGGAUCGAGGAUCGACCCGGCAUGACUGUCUACUCACUGCAGUUUGGAGGCUUUGCAGGGGAGACUGAGUAUCGGGCAGAGGCCUCUCGCCUAACCAAAACUCUGGGUGAGACUGCCCCCUUUCAGCGGAAACAGUACUUCUGCUGCACCUACAACCCGCCAAUGAAACCCUACGGCCGACGCAACGAGGUGUGGUUCCUACAGGAGGAGCCAUAAGGGCAGCAUUAUUAAGACCGACUCUUAAUAAUAGUCUAUAGUCGCUUCCUCUCAUCCUCUCCUCUCCUUAGUCUUCACUGAUUACUCCACAUCUUGAUCUUCAUCCCAAAACAAUAGGAUGUGUGAAAAUAAUGGGAUUUGUUUUCAAAUCAGUGCAAAUGAAGGAGAGGUGAUGCAAAGAAGACUAUUAGACUAUUGAAAGGUCAUAAGGGGGAGGGAUGGGCAGCGGGCUAUAUAGUUACUGGCCCAAAGUAGUGCAAUAGUACAGUACCAUUACCAGUAACUGGAUAUUAAGUGGCCUAGUAGUAGGAGCCACUAACCACAAAGUACUGCUGUGUGUUAUAGGUGGUACAGAUGGUACAUCAUUAACUCAACUUCGAAUUUUGUCCACCCAUGGGUUGACACUCCCCUUAAAAUAUGCUUCAUAGUGCUUGGAAGAAAAGCACAUUAAAUCAGGCUGUACACAUAUCACUAUUCAGCAGUCUAAUUAAAUUAUGCUUCACUUCACACGCCAUAAAAACAAAAUUACAGUUAAGUAUUCAAUAAGUCAUUAAGUUUUAAAAAGCACCCUUUUCCCAAGGGAGGGAAUUGGAAAUAAACUAGGAAUUGAGCCAUAGAGUAGUGAUAGUCAAAUAUUUUCCUUAGUAUGAAUUAGUUGGUGGGGAGGAUAUGAAGGAGAAAUGUAUUAGUCAUUCCUUAAAUGUUAUCUUUCAAGAUGUCUAAUCCUGUGAUGAUCACAUUAACAUUUUCAAGAUAGCAGCAGUUGUGUGUAGUGAAUGUUUUGGUGUGCUUGUAUUUGGAGUCUUGGAAUUGUAAUGUUAUUUAUUAUGAUUCUUGAAACUAUUUUAAAAUACCUCUGUAUAGUGUGUGAUUUUCUGUGAAAAUAUGGAUUGACGAUAUCGUCAUGGUUUGAUAGUGUUUCAUAUCAUAAUAAAUAUGUUAUUCAAGAUAUUACUAAUAAGA